CGUACGAAACGUAGGUCAAGCAAUCGAUUUAGUUCUAUCGAUUUCCGAGGUCACCUCAGUAAAUCAAAACAAAGCUUGAUUACCUAUUUCGGCACCACGUACUGUAGCAAACCCAGCACCAACCUCAAACCUUCAAACCUUCAGCCACGAUACAAAUCCCCACCAAUACCACCCUCAAGUAACAUGUCAUCACCAAACACCGUUCUCUUUUCCCGCCUUGAGGCAGAGCUUACGCCCCUCGUCAAGCGGAUCCUCGAUGUCUUGAGCUGCGGCAAGCCAAUUCGUGCUGUGGAACCCCGUGCCCUUCACGACGUUCCUUUCAACCCAGAAACCGUCAGGAGUCGGGAUAUCCUGGCCCAGGACGAAGUCGAGUUCUUUGUCAUUUGUCACGACUCCCGCGAAAGUGAGAAGAUGUUCAAAGAGAAAUCUGCGGUUGCUGAAAAGCAUCAAAAAGCCGCAAUCACAUACAACCGGUGCCGACACGCCGCUGUUGCGCUGAAGCCGGCCCUAGAUCUCAUGUUCCACGGUAUGAAGAUAUUGAAUGAGCUUGUCGAUUCGUCUUUUUAUCGUUUCGCUUUGAUAUGA